GUGAAUGAAAAAGGAACAGAAUCAGCGGCUGCGACCGUGAUUGAUAUAGUGCCCCGCAUGUUAAUGGAAUCUAAGCCAUUCAUCGCUGAUCAGCCAUUCCUCUUUGCAAUUGUUAGGAAUUCCGAUACAAUUUUGUUUGCAGGCCAAUUUGCCAAGUGA